AUGGUUUUUCAAUGUCUUCUAGCAGUAAUUUGGACUUGUAUUGGCUCAAGUUAUGGCCAACAAUACUAUGAUUCAACUUCAUGUCAUUCUAGUACAACUUCACCAGGUACAAGAUACACAUGUACUUCACCAAAUGAUUCAUGUCAAACAUUCUUAGUCUAUAGAGCUAAUCAAGAUUUCACAACAAUCUCUGAUGUUGCUUACUUGUUUGGGAUAGUACUGAAUCCUGAUGAUCAUCAACAACUACUCAACAUGAACAACGUCACGUCUUCAUUGCAGAUUCUUGAAAUUGGUAGAGAGGUGAUUGUUCCAAUACAAUGUUCUUGUUUGGAUGAAUUCUUUCAAGCAAAUAUUACCUACAUUGCACCUACAAACACCAGUUUCGACCGCGUUGCUUGUGGUGUUUUUGAAGGUCUAGUUAAGUCUGUCACACUUUUACAAGAAAACAAAUCCAGGAGGACUAACUUGUCUGAUGUUAAAGGUGGAACAAAGUUGAUUGUGCCUGUCAAAUGUGCAUGUCCUGAUAGUAUUUCUGGUGCUGGAUUCGAUUACCUUGUUACGUAUCCUUUUAUAUCAGGUGACGAUACAGAAAAAGUAAGCGAAAAGUUCAAGAUUCCUGUUGAAGAUAUAUGGAGAGCUAAUAAUCUAAGUUUUAACCCUACUGUUUUCGCAAACACAACGAUUUUAGUUCCAUUGACAAACGAACCAUCAAUCAACUUCAGUUAUCGCGAUUCUGAACCUCCUAGUCCUGGUUUUCUACCAACACAACUAGUCGAGAAAUCAACCAAGAAUCUUAAACUAAAGAAACUCUACAUUUCAGGAUCAGUUGUUGGUGUUUUUCUUCUCGCAGCAACUCUAGUCGCUUGCGCCUUAUACGUUAGAGCAGUAAAGAAAUUCAAAGCGGAGAGGGGGAAGAAUCAUUGUUCGAUACAUGAGGGGUCUGUUACUUCACGAAGCUCACCACCAAUAUCCGGUCCAGCGACUACAAGAACCUCAACGAAUUCUUGCUUGUCACCUGAUUUACUUGCAGGGAUAAAGUACACUUUGGGAGAAUACAACAUAGAUGAAUUGACAAACGCGACAUGUAGUUUUCGCGAAGAGAAUAAGGUGAGUGACAAGGUAUACAAGGGAUGUGUUGACAAUGCUGAAGUAUUGAUCAAGAAGAUACGGUUCGAGGAUACUAGACAAGUAAUUGAUGUACAUUCAAGAAUCAAUCAUGUUAACAUUGUUAAACUUCAAGGUGUUUGUUAUGGUGAAGAUGAUAUUACAGGAUCAUAUCUUGUUUUCGAGUAUCCAUCCAACGGUACAUUAAGGGACUGUUUGUCGAAUGCCUCUGUUGUUUCUUUGAAGUGGCACAAAAGGACUCAAAUUGCAUUUGACAUUGCCACAGGCUUACAUUACUUGCACUUUUGCACUAUUCCACCUUACACACACAUGAACAUCAAUAGCAAAAACAUCUUCUUGACCGCGAAAUGGAGGGCUAAGUUAGCUGUUUUUGGAGCUAAAGUAGGUAUGGGAACGACAAGAGACAUUGGAAGUAUCGGUAGUCUUGGAGGAUGGAUUGCCCCCGAACAUCUAGUACAUGGCUCAGUGUCUGAAAAAGUGGACAUAUUUGCAUUCGGAGUAGUACUACUCGAGCUCAUAUCGGGGAAAGAACAUGUUGAUGGGAACUUCUUGAGGGAUUCAAUGACAUUUUUGGGAGGGGGAGGUAAUGAGGGAGGAUGUUUUGAACAAUUGAAGGAUUUCAUUGAUCCAUGUCUUAUGGAAGAUUACCCUCUAGCUGAGGCAUUGUGUUUAGCUGUUUUAGCUAAAGCUUGUAUUGAAGAUGAUGUUCUUCAUAGGCCAUCUAUGGAUGAUAUCAUUAAAGUCCUUGCAAGAAUGGUAUGA